AUGUUUAUCCUCUUCAACGCCGCCUCUCUAGUGGCCAUCUUCUGUGUUGCCCUGACCUGGGCAUAUAAGUGGCUCUCUCGUUCCUCAUGGACCAUCCAGAAGCAAAGAACUGAGAAAGAGGUCCAGGGGAUGGCCCUCCCUUACUCCCCUGUCUCAGGCGAGAGCCCAGUAUUAUCUCCAACUCCAGUACGAGAGAAACCGAAAUACCGAAUCACUAUGGGCCUCAAGAGAAUGGACAAGGCUUGCUGGCUUGUCGUUGACGAUACCUAUAACGCUAGACAUCAAGUGCGAGCCAACCUUUUCAACACUAGGAACCGGGAGGUGUCACAGUGCCUCCCUGAGGCAAAAGGGGCAUGCAACGAGGCUCUGAAAGAGGUUUCCUCCUUUCUAUGCCGGACAUACCCUAAUACGUUUGAACUCAAAGAGUCAACAUCAGGGGCUAUUGUAAGAAACAAGCGUGUGGGAGAAGAGUUUCCCCUGGAGAACGGCAGCAUUCCACCAUUGGAAGCAGCCGCCAGGCUGGCCAUGGAAGACAUGACUAUCCUCCUAAAGAAUGACAGCGGUGACCAUUAUGUAGCUGCAACAUCCAGUGCGUUCCUUAUUGGUUGGUCUGCUAAUACCCGCAUGGGCUCGACGCUGAACGAGAUGCAUGCUCCCGUACCUCAAUGGGCUCGGCAGAUUGCCUUUUCCGUGAAUAAGUUCAUGGCGCGGCUAACUCCCGAAUCACCCAUGGAACGCUCCAGCUACUUCGUCCAGGUUAUCCAGCCAGGCGAGCGAUGGGAGUCUAUCCUCUUCCAACCUGAUGGCCUGCUGCAGGACCAUACCGUACCUACCCCUGAUCGCGUUCUGAUCCGCCGUGAGAGACAGACCUUCAGCCGUCUCCCCGAAACCAACGGCAUACUUUUCACGGUCAAAACAACUGUCACGUUCCUGGAGGACCUGCCUCUCGCCGAGCUUCAACUGCUGGCAAAGGACAUCGAGAGCUGGCCUGAAGACAUGGCAGCAUACAAAGGUCGCUCUCACUGGGGAGAAACAAUAUCGAACUUCUGCCGUGCAAAGGAAGCUACCUAUGACGUAGCUUGCUGA